AUGCAGCACAGCUCCAUUCACUGGUUUCGGAAGGGUCUGCGGCUGCACGACAGCCCCAACGCCCAGCGCUUCCUCCUCGAUGCCCUGCGGGACCUGGAUGGGAACCUGCAGGAACUGGGCUCCAGGCUGUUUGUGGUGCGGGGCUGCCCGGAGGAGGUGUUUCCUCGGCUCUUCCAUGCCUGGGGGACGACACGGUUGACCUUCGAGGUGGACACCGAACCCCCCGCCCGCCGGCGUGAUGCUGCUGUGGCCGAGCUGGCGGCACGGCACGGCGUGGAGGUGAUCCAGGAGGUGUCCCACACCCUCUACGACACUGAGAGAGUACUCGCCCUGAACGACGGCAAAGCCCCCCUGACCUACAAGCGCCUUCAGAGCCUCCUGGCAUUGCUCGGACCCCCGGAGAAGCCGGCCCCAGCACUCACCCAGGAGCACCUCCGGGGCUGCUGCCCCCCGUGCCAGGCCAGCCACGAUGCCGACUACGGGGUCCCCACCUUGGAGGAGCUGGGCCAGGACCCCACUGAGGUGGGUCCUCACCUCUACCCCGGCGGGGAAACGGCAGCGCUCGCCCGGCUCGACACCCUCAUGAAGAGGACGACCAGGGGGUGCAGCUUUAAGAAGCCUGAAACGCUUUGCCGGCAGCGGGAGCACUCUCAGCCCCCCAUUUCCUUGCACGGGCAGCUCCUCUGGAGGGAGUUUUUCUACACCGCUGGCAGCAGCAUCCCCAAUUUUGACCGGAUGGUUGGCAACCCCAUCUGCCUGCAGGUUGACUGGGAAAACAACCCCGAGCACCUCCGCGCCUGGAGGGAGGGCCGGACAGGCUACCCCUUCAUCGAUGCCAUCAUGACCCAGCUGCGCACCGAGGGCUGGAUCCACCACCUCGCUCGGCACGCCGUCGCCUGCUUCCUCACCCGUGGGGACCUCUGGGUCUCCUGGGAAGAAGGGCUGAAGGUUUUUGAGGAGCUCCUGCUAGAUGCUGACUGGUCCCUCAACGCUGGCAACUGGCUGUGGCUGUCAAGCAGCGCCUUCUUCCACCGGUAUUUCCACGUCUACUCGCCCGUCGCCUUCGGCAAGAAGACGGACCGGGAUGGGGCAUACAUUCGAAAAUACCUCCCCAUCCUCAAGGAUUUCCCUGCUGAGUACAUCUACGAGCCCUGGAGGGCGCCGCGGGCCGUGCAGGAGCGGGCAGGAUGUCUGGUGGGCACCCACUACCCCCAGCCCAUAGUGGAGCAUGGGGUGGCGAGCAAGAGGAACCUGGGGCGCAUGAAGGCAGCCCAUGCCCGGAAAGGUAACAGAUUCCCUAAGAAGUACCCAGGUCCCCCCACAGCCCAGCCAUCACCCCAGCUGCCUUCCCCUCCUCCAGGCAUCAAGCGGGAACCAGAGGCCAGCCCCGCAGCGGCCAAAUCACAGAGGAAAAAGCCCAAGCAGCGCUGA